AUGAAUCUCUUGAAAGCGGUUUUACAAUUAUGUUUUGGUCUUUGUGUAGCCGUACAGGUGUGUAAUGGAAGGUCCGUGCCUUGCAAGUAUGCUCCUUGGCAGUGGUGUUCCACUAAAGAAAUUGCAGUGGAGUGUGGGGUUUUGGAUACGUGCACUGGCCUGAAUAGCACCAGGCAAAAGGUGGCUGACCGUGUAAAUGUCGGUCUCUACUAUGAGUCUCUGUGCCCUGGUUGUAGAAUGUUUCUAACACAACAGCUCAUCCCCACUCUCAUCAUGCUCGCUGAUAUCAUGUCUGUUGACCUGGUCCCGUAUGGAAAUGCGGAGGAGAUAUUUAACAAAACCUACCAGUUUAGAUGUCAACAUGGGGAGGAGGAAUGUCUAGGUAACAUGAUUGAGACAUGCAUGCUCAACAUUCUGAGAGGUCGUUCUCUUCUGGUUAUUAACUGCAUGGAGUCUGCCCCUGAUGUACUGAAGUCAGCCCAGCCUUGUUUUGAGAUUUUCAUUCAGGAUACCAAGUGGGAGACAAUCAUGUCCUGUGUGAAGGGAGACCAAGGGAUUAAACUUAUGCAUGAGAAUGCACAGAGGACGAAUGCUCUGCAGCCUCCCCAUAAGUAUGUGCCUUGGAUUACCAUCAAUGGGAACCACACAGACGACCUUCAGAACAAAGCCAUGUCCUCCCUCUUCAACCUAGUAUGUAGCUUGUACAAGGGGGAAAAGCCUGAAGCUUGCUCCCUUGCACUGAAGAAACCGGACAUAGGUUACUGAUAGAGAACAACGUCUACACUGUGCAACACUCUACUGCACAAUCUCUUGAUAUGUCUUUCAAGUCUUGUGCUCACUUUUUAUCUUGAUUUUUAAAUUUUAUGUGAUCUUGACCCUUUCAAUUACACUCCAAAACCACCACAAGUUUCUUUUCAAGAACACUUAAAUGGGCCUAUGUAAUUGACACAUUACAUUGUCACAAUAGAUUUUUUAAAAAACAAUAAAAUUGCACUGUUACA